AAAUAAAGAAAUAUUCUCACCGUACUCGCCGACAAUAUCGGUUUCCUAUAAAAGCGGUCUCUAAGCACCGUGUUUACUCAGUUUAAAACAAGUGGUUCGAGGAAAAUGCAGGCCGCGAAAGUGAUCUUUGUUCUGAGUUUGACCCUGGCCCUUGCCUGCGGUAGAAGGCCGAUUGGUGCUCCGAAUCCCCUAGAAGGAGAUGACCUAGCAAAGGCAAAGGACCUUCUGACCACCACCCUCAACAAACUAGCCGCAGGAGCUGGUCCUAAGUACGAAGUGGUGAAUGUGACCUCUGCAUCCAGCCAGCUGGUGGCUGGUUCCCUGUACAAAUUCGAGGUGGAACUGUCCAACGGAUCUGACAACAAGGAGUGCACCGUGAAUAUCUGGGACAGACCUUGGCUGCUGGAGAAGGGUGAGAGUACCAAUAUCAAGAUCCAGUGCAAAGAUGAGGCUGAGGUCGACACCACUUGGUAGAUCAGGUUUCUUGAGCUUAGUCAAAUAAAUGUGAUCUAAUAAAAAGUGCGAGAAUUAUAA